CGUCUAAAUACAUAGCAGAGAACAACAAGGCAACGUUAUACUUCACGAUUGUUUGAACGUAUAAUGAGCCUGUCCAUUUCCGAUUCUGUACCAAACGUAGCGGAGUUUCUUAGAAAACAUAAAAUAUAUUCUAACAAUAAUAAAAUAGCAGUUUAUCCUCUUCUAAUACUCAUUCACGUUCUGGUUGAUAGUAUAUUAACAGCGAAAAACUGCGUCGAGUCGAAGCACAUCGUAUGAACGUACAUGAUGAAAUAAAAGACAAGUAAAUGCAAUGUAGAGAAGCGUCAAAUACGCUUGCGCAGUCUUGGCGCAACAAGGUUUCCUAAGGGGUAUCUUUGAUGGGAAAUGACCAUCUGGAAGAAAUUCUCCCUUGGUAAAUCGAUUAUUUAAUCGCACGCUUUUUCCCGUUGAUAUUAGUGAAACGCAACUGCCGCGUUCUCACGAUAUUAUUUCACACGAAACUUCGUUAAAUUUACAUUGAUUUAAGCAAUUUUGCCUUAAUUUAAUACUGUAAAGUGGACAAAUUGCCUAAUCGGUCGACGGGAAGUACAAAGAGGAACGAACGCUACUGCGAGACGAGCCUUACAUGCCAGUCAAACGUAUGUCCAAUGUUACGUAGACAUGAUCAACAUCGAAGAUCAGUAUUUUAGUUACAACAAAUAUUUUCUGCUAGCCCUCGGUCUGUGGCCGUAUUGGCAAACAAGACUCGCUUAUAUUCAGUACAUCUUCUUGCUUGGUUUUUUGUCAACCGCCAUCAUAUUUCACUUCACAACGUUUAUCACCGCGAAAUGUACUGUGUACCUUGUCAUCAAAGUUCUUUCCUCCGCGUUCCUUUUCAUCGACAUCAUGGUGCAAUAUUUCUCAUUUCAUACAAAUAAUGUAACCGUGAAAGUUUUACUUGAAGAACUUCAACGUAUAUGUGACGAGAUAAAGGAUAACAAUGAACUUGCUAUUAUUAGAAGAUACGGAAACGUUUCAAGAUGUUACGCCAUGUGGUUUAUGGUAAGUAUCUUUUGUCUUAAUCUCAUCCUCAUUUUGGUGUCAUCCUGGCCGAGUAUUCUUGACUUUGUUCAACCGAGAAAUGAAUCCAGACUGCGUAAUCUGCUGUUUCCUAUGGAAUACUUCGUGGAUCAACACAGAUAUUACUACUUAAUACUCUUAUACCAGAACACAAUUAUUUGCAUAGGCACUGUCGCUCUGCUGUCGACGGGCUCGCUAUUCUUUUCAUUUCAGAAAUAUAUCUGUGGAAUGUUCACGAUUGCCAGUUACCGUAUUAAGCAAUCGAUAAAGUCCGAUACGACACAAAAGACCAAACUGCAAUGUAGAAAUCCAAUCGCGGAGAUCGUUAGUGCCGUGGAAAUUCAUCGGAGAGCUAUGAAGUUCUCAAAACAUAUGGUGAACGAAUUUGAGGUGAUGUUAUGUAUCUUAGUGGCGACCGGAGUGUGCAGUUUGAGUCUGAAUCUUUUUCAAAUUUUCCUGAUUAUAUCGUCCGAAUACAACAUAAAUGAAUUGUUCUUACCUACGGGAGCCGCGAUGAUAAUAGCUGUAUAUAUGUUCUUAGCCAACUACAUCGGCCAGGAUCUUACAGACCACAAUAGACAGAUAUUUAUUGCUGCAUACAACAUUUGUUGGUAUAAAACACCGUUAAACGUACAGAGGCUGAUACUCUUCCUACUGCAACGAGGUGUCAAAGACUUCAUGGUGAGCAUCGGUGGACUGAUUAACGCAUCAUUAGAGUGCUUCGCCAUGAUGGCAAACGUGUCAGUAUCGUACUUCUCCGUCCUGUAUUCUACACAAGGAUAAAGCAAAGGACUGUUCGUCGAAGUAAAUCGACAAAGCAAACGAUGUACUUUACAAACGCUUGAGCGUUCUAGUGUUUGAUCGUUUCUGAAUCUGUAGCGAAUAUAGCUGUACUUCUACGAGAUCAUAAAAUAUCUUUCAAAUGCA